AUGCGUAUGUAUGGCCAGGAGGAGUGGUUCCAGCAUUUGUUGAAUAAUGUAGAGGAGGAGACAGCAUCGCAAAACGGCGAAAUACCUGGCGUGGACAAAGACUUAGAAGUGGAACAAGUCAUGGCAACAGAAGAUAUGCUACGAGUGAGAGAUACACCGCGCUCGCAACUGCAUCCGCUACUGUACCUCCACAAGCCGCUAUGCGCUAAAACAUGGAUACUGAUCCUGGCAUUAGUCAUAGAACAGUGCGAGCUCGAACGCAGUUUGCAGGCUAGGGAGUUAUAUGUAGAUGACCUAUUGGAGCAACUGUGA